AUGUCUAACCUGAGUAGGGAGCUCGUCUUCCUCAUACUGCAGUUCCUGGAUGAGGAGAAAUUUAAGGAGACCGUCCACAAGUUAGCCUCUCCUCCAUUGCUUGUCCUUUUCCUACUUUCUUACUUUGGCGAGGAUUUGCCGUACAGCGAAGAACAUUUGCGUGAGAUGAACUGUAGCCGUUUGUUCUCUUUCUGCCUUAAUGGGUCUGUUUUGUGUUUUGUAUGGGGUUCUGGGGAUGAAUUGGAAAAGACUGGAGCAAGAGUCGGGGUUCUUCUUCAACACGAAGUACUUUGAGGACUUGGUUUUGGCUGGGGAGUGGGAGGAGGUGGAAAAAUACCUAUCCGGCUUCACUAAGGUCGAUGACAAUCGCUACUCCAUGAAGAUCUUCUUUGAGAUCCGGAAGCAGAACUAUCUUGAGGCCCUUGACAAGUACGUUGCAGUCUUUCCUUAUCCUCUGUACAUCUUGUUUCCGUUCCUUAUUCGUUUGUCUGAGCGGUUUUUUGGAUGUGUUUGGGUUUCGUGUUGAAACGUAAUGGCAGGCACGACCGGACGAAGGCUGUGGAGAUAUUGGUAAAGGACUUAAAGGUUUUUUCUGCUUUCAAUGAGGAUCUCUUCAAGGAGAUUACACAACUUCUCACUCUUGAGAACUUCAGGUAUUGCUGACGACAAAAGCUUUUCGUCGCACUCUGGUCACUAUGGGAAUCCUCUUUUUGCUGUCGGCUACCAUUCGCUUUGAUGGUUUGGUCUGUUCAAUGCUGCGAAUUUCCAGGGAGAACGAACAGCUCUCUAAGUAUGCAGACACAAAGUCCGCUAGGAGUAUAAUGCUCACUGAGCUCAAGAAGCUGAUUGAAGCAAAUCCGCUCUUCCGAGACAAGCUGCAAUUUCCAUCUUUCAAAAACUCGAGGCUGAGGACCCUUAUUAACCAGAGGUGAAUAUCAUCUCUCUGGCUUCUGUGAUUUGUCUUCAUCAGCUGGUCAUUCUUGUAUUGAUGUCUGUUUCCUGCAGCUUGAAUUGGCAGCACCAGCUCUGUAAGAACCCAAGACCAAAUCCUGAUAUCAAGACUCUCUUUGUUGACCAUACUUGUGCGCAACAGAAUGGUGCUCGUGCACCCUCCCCUGCAGCUAAUCCCCUCAUGGGGACCAUUCCGAAACCAGCACCUUUCCCACAGCUGACUGGUCAAAUGGUACGGGAGGAAUAGGUCUGAUGUUGUGCACAGAUAUGGAUUAGGACACUGAUCUAUGGACUUUCAAUGUUGUUUCAGCCAUUUCAGGCAACUCCAGCGCCUCUUCCAGCAUCCCUCACUGGUUGGAUAGCGAAUUCCCCUGCUAUGCCUCACCCUGCAGUUUCUGGCGUUCCAAUGGGCCUGUCAGCUCCUGCAAAUGCAGGUUAGCUCAGUUUUUUAAUUAAUGUGACGUGUAAAACUACUCUCCUAACAAUUCUUAGAGAUGCAGAAGAUUACUGUUCUGUGUGCACUUCUCACCAAAUUGUGCCAUAUAUUUUCUUUAUGGGCAACACAGCUGAUAGAACCUGAACUCUAAUCCCAUUAUUUUAAUGAGAAUUUUCUCCGUUUAUUCUCUCUAGAGAGAAAGAUUUCAGGCUGGAUGUUUAUUGAUUAAUUUACUUCCUUUGUUUUUAUUCCAUUGUAUAGAAACUAUGGAAGAAUAUUGCGCCCCCCCCCUUUGAAAAUCUUCUGAUAUGGAAACACUUCCUGUCCACACUCAAUGGCAGCAGCUGGUGAGACUUUUUGGAAGAUAUGAAAAUAAAUGGAGAAAUAGUGGGCGUAGGCUGAGACUACUGUGCUUGUAAAGAACGAAACAUAAGUCUGCUGUUACGAGAUCUAUUUGCUUGAUUGCCGAGUAAACUAUCUUCGUGUUAAAAACCUCUAUUUCAUGUUUUUUCAGAGGUCGUCAGCAUUGUAUAAAAAAUGUAUGAAAAAUGUCAAGCUUGACAUAGUGCACAGAGGUAAUCUGGCGUCUCAAGUCCGAGUCGAUCAGCAGCCCUAAACAAUAAAUCCAACUCUACUUGCCUCAAAAUCCCCUGGUGGGAUGAAAAAUAUUUACUCCCACGGAGUUAGGCAUGCGAGUCAGUUUUGUUUCUUCAAGCUGAUGUCAAAGACAACCCUGUAUAGAUGGACUUUGCUGAGCUUGACCAUCUUGAUAUUGGACCGGAAUUCAGAAAGUGAAAAACUCGAUUUGGAUUGUAAUCAACUGACAUGGUUCCGUUUUUUUUAUUAAAAUCUUUUAGAAACAAUGGGUUCUCAAGAAAACCAUUCAGUGAGGAUCCUGACAUUCGAACCUUGAAAAGCUGCUGUGGAUAAUGUUUGCCGGUCUAAGUGGGAUAAUGUUGACAAACCAUAACUUUAACCACAGGUUGUGGGAUUUCCCUCAUGGCUUUAACUACAUUGCUGGACAUUUAUUUGUUAAAUUACACCAAUGGAAUCCAUCAAUUUUUUGGAUUUCUGAGAAUCAGAGGAAAAAUAAUAGGGAGAAACUGGAUUCCGGCCCCAAAAUUUGUAAGGGAACGGAUGAAUUCAAAUCUGGAAAUUUGGUUGCCAUGCUACAGGGCCAAUGGGUUAGGCCAAGCUCAAAAUCCUUAGGCGGUCAACUAAGGAUCUUUGUAGCUAAUGCAUGGAAGAUCCUCUGAUCCUGAGGUAGUCCGUAGCCAACUCCUCAAUAUCCUGAGUUCAAAAAAUCAAUGAUUCCAUGUUUAAUGUUCUGAAAAGUUUGGUCUUGUGUGCUCUACAGAUGUACCGUAUCUGUACCUUACACGUAGCAGACUGCUCUAUUUAUUGACAUUCCCUCUUCUGAAUUAUUUAACAUGUUAGCUGCAAUGUUAAAGCGACCAACAUCUGGAAAUCCCACCACGGAAUAUCAAUCAGCUGAUUCUGAACAUGUGCUGAAACGAUCGAGGCCUAUUGGGAUCUCUGAUGAGGUAAUGUAGUCUGAUUUGCUUUCAGUUUCAGUUUUCUCUUGCAUGGAUUUUCUUCCCCCAGAAAGACAACUCAAUUCUUCAGCUGUACAUUUUAAAGAUUCUAAAAUUCUCAGUUUUUGGAUGGCGAUAUUAUUUUCUUAUUGUAACUGAGUUCGUGUCUUUGUUUCUCUUUAUAGGUCAGCCUUCCAGUCAAUGCUUUGCCAAUUGGAUACACUGGCCAGAGCCUUCCUCCAAAUAUGCAUUCUUCGGAUGACUUGCCCAGGAAUGUGGCUUUGACCUUGUCCCAGGGUUCAUCAGUAAUGAGCAUGGACUUCCAUCCCAGCCGGUCAACGUAUCUUCUUGGUAAAAUUACGUAGAAUGGAAUAAUAUUGUUUAAUUCUAAAAAUCCUUCUCUAAGGUCUGUAUGUGUAUGAUGUUUUUUCCUCUUCGAUUUAUGCUCAGUUUUGUCCUUCGAUUUCAGUUGGAACUAAUGUCGGUGACAUUGCUGUGUGGGAAUUGGCAUCCAGAGAGAGACUUGCCCAGAAAAUCUUCAAGGUCUGGGACCUUGCAGCAUGUUCAGUUACUUCACAGGUAUUGCCUUCACUAACCUAAAAUUACAGAGUAAUAGUCCCUCGAUGAAUUAUUUUGGAACCCACCAGAGUUCUUUCCGUGUAAACAGGCUGCUCUGGUCAAUGAUCCCUCUAUAUCUGUCAUCAAAGUGAUGUGGAGCCCAGAUGGAACGUUACUUGGUAUUUUCCCAGACACUCAUCUCCUUUUCAUCUGCUUCAGUUAUUUUCUUAGAGUAGUGUGGCCCAAUAGCUCUUCUACGUUUGAUAUGCAUAUCAAUACAUUUCGUACGCCCCAAUAGCUUAACUAGAGUGGUGGCGUUUCCUUGAGUGGAGAGCAUCAUCAUCCCCAGCAGACGUCAGAAAUAUGCUGUCGUCGAAUGUCUUUUAUUCUCUAACAAAAGAAGGAAUCUAGAAAAAGGACGAAGGGGGUUUUAAGUUGUCUCCUUAACUGGUCUUGCUUUCUCUUUGGUGUGCACAUUCAGGUGUGGCGUACUCCAAACACCUCGUUCACUUAUAUGCCUACCAUGGAAGUGACGAUCUGAAGCCACGACUAGAGGUUUGCAUGAUCGAUUAGCCUUAUAUUCCCACUUUGACCAUAAAAAAAAGGAAGAAGAAAAAAAUGACAUGUUUAGUCUCCAUUAUGUGAGUGAACUUGGCUUCGGGGCCAUACCUCAUGGUCUUUUUUCUCAUCUGCUGACCGUUUCACGCGCGCCAUGCAGAUUGAUGCUCAUGUCGGUGCUGUUAAUGAUAUUGCCUUUUCACUGCCAAAUAAGCAAUUGUGCAUUAUAACUUGUGGAGAUGAUAAAGUGAUCAAGGUUUGCACUGUAAUUCUCGUGUGUAAAAGUCUGGUGGUAUUUAGAUCUAGCCUUUUAAUCGUCAGUGCUUGCUAGGUAUGGGAUGCUGCUACUGGUGCCAAGAGGCACACUUUUGAAGGACAUGAAGCUCCAGUCUACUGCGUAUGCCCCCAUUUCAAAGAGAACAUUCAGGUAUCAGAUUGCUUUGAUGCUCUCUCUUAUCAGAUUGCUUAUACCUCCGAUGAAAUAUCUUUUCGAUUGGCCCAUUUUCUUGGUGAUUUGAUUCUUCUUGAUGGGUUCUAAGCUACUCUGCUAUUCUCUCUAAGACACUCGAUUUCCAUGGCCCAGUUCAUAUUCUCCACAUCUCUCGACGGAAAGAUCAAAGCAUGGCUGUACGACAACAUGGGCUCAAGGGUCGAUUAUGAAGCUCCAGGGCGUUGGUGUACAACGAUGGCUUACAGCGCCGAUGGGAUGAGGUUGAUCAGAGCAGAAUUUUUUUCCAUUUUGCUUGUAGAUGACGACGAUGACACUCUGUUUUUCACCCCCUGCUCGUGCUCGAACCGCAGGCUGUUUUCUUGCGGAACCAGUAAGGACGGCGAGACUCACAUUGUGGAGUGGAACGAGAGCGAAGGUUCCAUCAAGCGGACAUAUGCCGGAUUCUGGAAGAGAUCCAUGGGUGUCGUUCAGUUCGAUACAACUAGGAACCGGUUCCUGGCUGCUGGUGACGAGUGCAUGAUUAAGUUUUGGGACAUGGACAGUUCGAACAUGCUGACAACCACUGAUGCAGGGGGUGGAUUAUCGGUAACUAUAUGACAUCCAUGGUUUUUUUCUGAUAAAACCUUUAGAUCAAGAAUUAACUAGAAAACUAUAUGAUCAUCCAAUUUUUUUUUAAAUUGUUUUGAUAAAUCCUUUAGAUCAAGAAUUAACUAGAAAACUAUAUGAUCAUCCAUGUUUUUUUUUCAAUUUUUUUUUGAUAAAUCCUUUAGAUCAUGAACUAACUGGAAAAGUAUAUGAUCAUCCAUGUUUUUUUAAUUUUUUUUGAUAAAUCCUUUAGAUCAUGAACUAACUGGAAAAGUAUAUGAUCAUCCAUGUUUUUUUAAUUUUUUUUUUUUUAAUGGUAAGUCCUUUGAUCAAGAAGUAACCAGAAAACUUUUCAAAAUGUCGAAGGCCUCCCCUCGGAUCCGUUUCUCCAAAGAAGGAGGGCUCCUGGCAGUCUCUACGAAUGACAACUGUAUAAAAAUCUUGGCCAACGCCGAGGGUCUUCGGCUGCUGCAUGGCCUUGAGAAUCGUCAAUAUGACAUGUCGAGGGCUUCUUCAGAUGUAGUCGUGAAGGUCAGUUCUCUCACUAGACCAACAACCAAGAGUUAAAGUAUGGUCUAUCUCUGUUUAUGAUUGUGGAGGUAAUUGGUAGAACAUCUCACAGCCGUCAGGCAGGGUCCUACUGGGAUCUGUUAGCUCCAGUGCUGGAACAAGUACUGUGAUUUCUGAUCGAGGUGCUCCCGCAGUGGAAACGAGUGGACUGGUAAUUUCAUCCCCAAAAUCUUUUUCGUGUCAAAUAAUUAGAUAAUAUUUUCCGUACUGAGGUUGCUCCUCAGGUAUUUCUUUUCCGAAAAUGUGCACAUUUGACUGGAAUUUUUUAAAUAUAUUUUAUAUAUUAAUCUAGAAUGGAGAAAUUCGAGGGUUGGUGGAUGUAAAACCCAGAAUUACUGAUGAGCCCAUGGAGAAGGCCAAGAUAGUGAAGCAGGCGGAAAUAAGCGAACCUUCUCAAUGCCGCUCGUUGAGGCUCCCAGAUAAUUUGGCGACGAUGAAGGUAUGAUUUUUUUUCUUUUUCUUUUACAGAUCAUCUAGAAGUUGACUUUCUCUGUUGUGUUUACAAUAUUGAAUUUCAGUGUCGAGGUUGACUAUUGGUUUGAAACCGAAGAUGUUUUUUGACUUUCCUAGCCUUUGUUUCAUGAGAAACUAUGGGGAUUGUCCCGCUCAGAAGAGUUACCCUGCAUGCGAUUCAUGUUAGGACUGUUCAGGGUGCAGAAUGAUUUCUUUUAUAAGAAAAGUCUGUAAUUUUUCAUAAAGCUGGAUAAUUGAAUCGAAUUACUGCAUGAAAAAUUGCGGGUCCAGUUUAUAUAUCUAGAUAUGCUUGAAUAUAUUCAUAUCCAGCGCGUUGACUUUGAAUCACCAAAUAUGGGCACGUUCUUCGUUUUCUUGGACUGAUAGCAGUGGAUUCACAGGCCUCAUUUAAGACGUUCUUUUCCAUUGUCAAAGGUCUCGAGAUUGAUAUACACCAACUCCGGACUUGCCAUUCUGGCACUGACAUCCAACGCGGUUCAUAAGCUCUGGAAAUGGCCCAAGAACGAUCGGAACACCUCUGGGAAGGUAUCAUCAUCGUCAUCAUCCGCCGAGAGCAGUUCAUCUUUGUUCUUUAUGACAUGGGCCGUCUUCUUCAUCAUCAUCAUCUUCUAUGUGUUCUCCGUGUUCUUCGCAGGCGAAUUCCAGCGUGGCGCCACAGCUGUGGCAGCCGACGAGUGGCAUACUGAUGACGAACGAGAUCGAUGACACCAACCCAGAAGAGGCGGUCCAUUGCUUUGCCCUGUCGAAGAACGAUUCAUACGUGAUGUCUGCUUCGGGAGGGAAGAUCUCCCUCUUCAAUAUGAUGACCUUCAAGGUGGGGGAGGAGUCAUUUUUUUUAUUUAGCCUAAAGUCUUUAUUCCUCAACUUUGCUUUGAUAAAAAAAUAUUUCUCACAUCUGCCUGGUUUCCAGACCAUGACGACCUUCAUGCCGCCGCCACCGGCCGCCACCUUCCUCGCCUUCCACCCGCAGGAUAACAACAUAAUUGCCAUCGGGAUGGAAGACAGCACCAUCCAGAUAUACAAUGUUCGGAUCGACGAGGUCUCUCUCUCUGUCUGUCUGUCUGUCUCUCUCUCUCUCUCUCUCUCUUUCUCUCUUUCUCUCUCUGGUUUCUGGGUUAGAGAUUGAUUGAGCAUAGACGGAAGUCCAAAUGGAUGAGUUGAUGCUGGUCUGACACUCUGGGAUGACAGGUUAAGACGAAGCUCAGAGGGCAUCAGAAGAGGAUCACGGGGCUCGCCUUCUCCAACGUUCAGAAUGUCCUCGUCUCCUCCGGCGCCGACGCUCAGGUAUGCCUGCCGGAUACUAAUCUAGAGAGAGAGAGAGAGAGAGAGAGAGAGAGAGAGAGAGUCUGAAGUACGCGUGCUAAAUUUUUCUUGCGGCAUCCUUUGGCAGCUGAUCGUGUGGAGCACCGACGGAUGGGAGAAGCGGGCCUCCAAAUUCCUGCAGAUUCCGAGCGGGCGACCGCCGAGCUCCCUUCGGGACACGCGCGUCCAGUUCCAUCAGGAUCAGACUCAGUUCUUGGCCGUCCACGAGAGUCAGGUCGCCAUCUAUGAGCCCUCCAAGCUCGAUUGCCUCAACCAGGUACUCUCCCUCCCUCCCCCUUCUCCUCGAAAUCCCCCUCCAUGAUCGGGUAAUCCGAGCCAUUUUUUCAUCCAAGUUUUCUUCUGAGUUAGACGACGGAGGAAGAAGAGGAAGAAGAAAACUUCUUCGUCUUCGCCCUCUUCUUCGUCUUUGGGAUUCUCAGAGUUGUUGAUGUCUUGAUCCUUGGCAGUGGACGCCGCGAGAGGUGAGCGUGGUGAUUACCCACGCGGCGUACUCCUGUGACAGCGAGCUGGUCUACGCGAGCUUCUCCGACGGCGCCAUCGCCGUCUUCUCCGCCCCCUCCCUCCGCCAGCGCUACCGAAUCAGCCCCGCCGCCUACCUCCCCCCCAGCCUCAGGUACCCUCUCAUCCUUCAUUUCUCUCUCUAGAAAUCUGUCUCUUCCUCUCUCAUUCAUUCUGUGUGACGACGGGUUGUGCUUGAAGCUCGAGCGUGUAUCCGGUGGUGGUGGCCACGCAUCCGUCGGAGCCAAGCCAGUUCGCUGUGGGGCUCACCGACGGGGGGGUGGUCGUCCUCGAGCCGCCGGAGGCCGAGUGGGCCCCCCUCCCGCCGCCAGAGAACGCCGCCGCCUCCAACGCCAGCUCCGCCCCCGACCAAGCGCCACCCAGGUGA